AAAAAAAAUUAUAUAGAACAUGAUUUACUUCAUGUUAAAAUGGUAAUAAGUGUGUCGUUAUUCCCAAAUAAAGGGGGUAAUUUAAAAAAGCCAAUUAGAAAAAUUGAAAAUCGGUAACUAGCACCGAAGAAACACCCUAAAACCCUAACUACUAGAACCUUCGUAACCCCCUCUUUCUCUCUCCUCGAGCGUAGCCUUAACCUACAUGCAGGAUUGUAAGAGGAACAACAAGAGCAGAGGAGAAGCCGCACCUCCCUUUUCUACUCUCUUCACCUCUUUCAAGCCUCGUCAAGUUAUUCUAAAUUCAAUGUCUAACAUUAAGCUCGAUCACAAAAAUGGCGCUAAAUCCCUGAUUUCACUUACUCCUGAACAGAGGAAACUUCUACUUCAAUCUAUUUGUCAAUUUUUAGAACUUAAUGGCUUCUCCAAAUCUCUUAAGAAGUUCCACAAAGAGGCUGAUAUUGAGAAGGAGAGUUGGAAGGGUUGUUUGCUCAAUUUGGAAGAGAUGUGUUACCAGUUUUUAAAGUUGAGGGAUGAUGCUAAAGUUAGUGAUUGUGUCACCAAUGAAAAAGCUACUGACCAAAAGGAUGGAAGUUUAAAUGGUGUCGCAUCUUUGGAAAAGGAAAAUGGAGGUGAUGAAGGCCAUGUUGAUGAUGUUGGUGUAAAACAAAAGAAGAAAAAGAAAAGCAAAAGUGCUAGUGAUUCUUCUGCUCAAAUCGCCGAGGAAACUCACCCAAAACCCUUAGAAAAUCCUGAAGACCUUUCUUUGAGUGUACCAAAUGAAUUUGAAAAGAAAUCCAAGGACAAGAAGAAGAAGAAGCGUAAGGAUGAAUCUCAGGAGGAAAAGCAAGAGGACAAAGAAACAUUAGAAAAUUCUGAUGUUACACACGAAGAGAAGAAAGAGAAGUCUAAAAAUAAGAAUAAGAAAGAAGAUACUUUGAUUCCCAAUGGUUCAUCUGUAGAGACUGCAGAGGUUGAUAAAGAGAAAAAAAGUUCAAAAAAGAGAAAGAAGUCCUCAGCUGAUGAAAUUGAGACUGACUGUACUGAAAAGGCAGCACUUGAUGACUCUAAGCGUAGGAAGAUAGAGAAUCUAGAUCAAUCAAAUGGAACCAUUCCUCCUAAAACACCUAAUGGAUCUGCCAAUGGAGUCUUGGAAAACGGUGAAAAAGAAUUGCAUAAAAAGGAUAAAACAAGGCAGCUCAAUGGUUCUGCUGAGCCAAGAACUUCUGCAAAUGCAUUCCGGAGGGUCAAAGAGGAGGAGGUGGAAUUUGUAGAUGAAAGGCUUCAAGAUAAUUCUUAUUGGGCAAAGGAUGGUGCAGAUAGUGGCUACGGUGCCAAAGCACAAGAGGUUUUGGGGCAGGUUAGAGGAAGGGAUUUUCGCCAUGAGAAAACCAAGAAAAAACGUGGAAGCUACAGAGGAGGGCACAUUGAUCUGCAAUCUCAUUCAGUUAAGUUCAAUUAUGAUGAUGAAGAAUGACACUCGCCUCAAUGUUCUUGAAUGUGGACUACAUCUGGGCGAAUUUUUGGUCGAACGUUUACGUAUUAUUAUUCUUCAUAUUUUUUUAUAACAAUUAAGGAUUAUUUGUUGGUUGUAUUUGGUUAUUGGCAUGAUAUAAUUGAUAUAUAUCUGUUUCCUAAUUCUUAUA